AUGAGCAGCGUCACCCUUAAACUCCGCCAGAGGCGGUCCAUGAUGCGCCUUCUUAACCAAGGCCGCUCGAUUCUUGAGUACACCUUCGAACCAAACGCCUUCAUCGUUCCCCAGUGGAUCCUAGCGCCCCCAGAAGUGCGCGAUGCCCUGAUUACCCUCCAGUACAAAGCCAUGGUAGCCAUAUAUGACAUGAAGAGCCUCAUGCUCAUCCGCGAUAACCGAUACUUCCAGUUAUGCCCCAAAGGCCCGGGCACCAUGACCUACCAGCUCCAUCAAUCUUCCAUGAAUCGUCUCCUCGAAUGGAAGGAAGACUGGAAUUUUGCUGACCCGACUCUUGCCGCCGCCGCAAAAAUCCCCCGUGACUCUCUCCGAUUCUGCGUCGACUCAAUCGCCUACGGAAAGUUUACCUAUACAUACACCCAUAAGAUUGAUGAGUUUAUGUCUGGUUCUUUCCAGAGCUGGCGCCAGCUUCGCGCUGAGAUCGGACACCUUGCCUAUCGUCUCAUGAGCCAGAACCCGCAUGACUACGAGGAAUGGCGUGUCUGGUGGGAAGGCAAAUUUGCUGAUGAUAUGUGGAAAUGGGAGGUUUGCCUUGAGUGUCUGAUUCUACCUACCUGGGAGGAGAUCAUCGACGAUCUUUAUCUGAUGAUCCACGAUCGAGUCGAGAAUGCUCAAGAUCUGGCCAACUCGUUCUACAUCAGCAGCCCAGUGUUGGCUUCGUCGACUUGA